AUGAUGGCAGAUCCGUUUGAAGUUCGCAUGCGCUUUACCGCGCAGCUACAACACCUGAAUGCAUCCAUUACAUCCUCGCAAAAAGCUGCCCAUUAUGCGCUCAAAUACCGCGAUAUGGACGAGGAUCUUCACUCAUGUAUACUGGAACAGCUUGAAAGGAAUAACAUGAACAACCGAGCUAAUAUCAUGUAUUUCAUCGAACAAUUCUGUGAAAUGGCUACGAAGGAGGAUCAUGCACCAUACGUCCGCAUGAUUCAGAGGGAUAUUUUACGCGUAGUGGAUGCCGUUGCACCACCGGAUGGCUCGGGGGCAGCGAAUGUGAAGCAUGUUCGUCGGGUUCUCAACGGAUUACAAGCCAAGGAAAUUCUUUCUGCGGAAACAGUGGCAGAGAUCAAUGCCGGUCUGAAAGACCGUGAGACACAUCCAGCACAUCUUGAUCUGGAGGCUGAUGAGGGGGUGGAAGCAAAGGCUGGCACUCCACGGGGCUCUAGGGGAAGUGUCCGUGUAGACAAGAGACAGAUCGAACAGAGAAUCGAAGAAGACCGUGAGAGGAACAAGCGUUUACGAGAGAGUAUGUGGACAGUCAGCGGCGACGAUGGUGAUGAGCAUGGGAAAUUUUGGGAUGAGACCAGCGAUAUUGGCGAAGACGAUUUCCUGGCUGCGAAUGAGGAGUUUAUGGAGCGCAGACAGAUGGUUAAUGCUAAGUGA